AGUCGCCUUAAGCUCUUAAACUACAAAUUUCAAUAUAUUCGGUUUUAGACAACGUAUCCAAUCAAAUUCUUUGUAAAUAAAAUUAAACUAUAAAAUUAUAAUUAUGUCUGGAGGUGGAAGUGCUAUAAAUAUUUUCAGAUUCUUUGGCAAGAAUCUGAUUUCUUGCGGAGAUUUUGUAGAAAAACAAAGAAAAGAUAUAUUUGGCGAGGGAUUAUUAUUGAAAACCAUGAAUAUUUGGUGGACUCAGUGGCCGGAAGUAAUAAAGCCGCCAUCUUCAACCGGAAAACGAGUUUGGUAUUUAAUGCGGAAGCCGUUAAUAGAUUGGCUGGCUCUGCCGAAAAUUUGGUUGUGGAAUUCCAGGAGCUCUUUGAAAUUUUAAAAGUUAUCCUCGCCGCUCCUCCACUUCAUAGGCCAUCUCAAUCAUUAUUAAGUUUUAUGUUAAAAUUAGGUUUUUAAAAGAAAAUUAUCUUUGGAAGUGGCGCCAUCUGGAGUCUAACCAUGCAAGCUUUCACGAAAAAUUAUAACAAUUAAUUAUUGAGAAAUUCGCUGCCCGGAGAAGAACGCAACGAAUCGAGUGCAUGCUGUUCCCAUGCUGAUCCACACCGGCAACAGUUGAGGACCGUCCGACAGAUGCCCAGCGGUGGACACCGCGCAUCCCGUGCAUCCGGAUAUCGUCAGUGGAAUCCAAUCCUCCUCCGCCUUCGCCGUCGUCGUCGCCAGCGUCUCCGUCUCCUUCACCUCCACCUCCAAUUCCCGCUCCUCGAUAGCCCCGCUAUUCCACCGUUCCGCCCCCACGUCUUGGCCGCCCUCCUCCGUCCUCUGCGCAGCGAAUAUAUCAAUCUUUUUUUUCCAUCGCCAUUCGCCCGCCGCUGCCACCAGCAUAUCACCGCCGUCGCUGCUGGUCGAUACAGAACCACGCCAUCAUCCACCUACCACCUACCAACAGUUCCUUGUCUCCUUGGCCGCUCAACUUGUCCACAAGCCGUUCUUAGGAAAGGAGGAACGCAGAAGGGUCGCCGGAUUGGGAGAGCGGAGGCAGCUGCCGCCAGGAGAUGGCCACCGCAUCGCUGGACGCUCUGCAGGCAACCUACGUUGACUUUAACGAGAUAAGAUUCGAAGAGAAAGUCGGUCAUGGGUCCUACGGAGUCGUCUGCAAGGCUAUCUGGCGAGACAAGCUGGUGGCAGUCAAGGAGUUCUUCGCCAGCGCCGAGCAAAAGGACAUCGAAAAGGAGGUGAAGCAGCUGUCGCGGGUCAAGCACGUCAACAUCAUUGCCCUGCACGGCAUCUCCUCUUACCAGCAGUCCACCUAUUUGAUAAUGGAGUAUGCCGAGGGCGGAUCACUGCACAAUUUCCUGCACGGGAAGGUGAAGCCGGCCUACUCGCUGGCGCAUGCCAUGAGCUGGGCGCGUCAGUGUGCCGAGGGACUGGCCUAUUUGCAUGCCAUGACACCAAAGCCGCUGAUCCAUCGUGAUGUUAAGCCACUGAAUCUUCUGCUCACCAACAAGGGACGAAACCUGAAGAUCUGUGACUUUGGCACCGUCGCCGACAAGUCCACCAUGAUGACGAACAAUCGUGGAAGUGCUGCCUGGAUGGCACCAGAGGUCUUUGAAGGAUCGAAGUACACUGAGAAGUGCGACAUUUUCAGCUGGGCGAUCGUACUGUGGGAGGUUCUGUCCCGAAAGCAGCCCUUCAAGGGCAUCGACAACGCCUACACCAUUCAGUGGAAAAUCUACAAGGGUGAACGGCCGCCCUUGCUGACCACCUGCCCCAAACGCAUCGAGAACCUGAUGACAGCCUGUUGGAAGACAGCGCCCGAGGACCGGCCUUCGAUGCAGUACAUCGUGGGCGUCAUGCACGAGAUCGUCAAGGACUAUACGGGGGCGGAGAAGCCCUUGGAGUACACGUUUGUUAAUCAACAGAUUGUCACCAAAGAUAGCGACGGCACGGUGGCCGCCCAGCCGGACAGCCUCAGUUCGCUGGAGGAGGACGACGAACUGAGUCUGUCCACCACCCAGUUAACACCCACAUCGGCGACGAACGCCAAUGUGAACGCGAAAGCAAUAGCAGGCAUCGGAACUGCAACAACGACGACAACUAGCUCAAUGACCGAAAAUACCUCAUCAACAACAUCAUCGGACGUCACGCCGACCAAUUCGGGCCACCUUGACAAUAAUCCACCGGUAUUCUAUAUGAGCAGCAAUCGCUGGGACGCCAUUCCCGAGGAGGAGAGCAACGAGAGUCGGAACGAUAGCUUCAAUCUCACCUCCUCGGCCGAGGCCACCCAGCGGCUGGAGACGAUCCGGAACGGUAUGAUCCGUAUGGCACACACACCGCUACCGGAACUCUCACUCGACGUAAUGGAGAAUGGCUUCGAUCUGAGUCGCAGCGAAAGCAGCAGCAGCAGUACACAUGCUAAGAGCGAUGGACGCGAAAGACUCACGGUGACGGACACCAAGCCGGUCAUCAUGACCACUACGGAUCUAACCAACAACAACAACAACAUCAACAAUAAUGUCAGCCAUCUAAACAACGGCCUACUGAGUCAUGCCGAGGAUGUGCAUCAGGAUCAGCAUCAGGAUGCGAUUAUCAAUUCACUGGACGUAUCUGGGUCCGAUGCGGACGAGGACGAGAACGACGGAACUGCCCAGUCGCUGGCGGAGAUCCUCGACCCGGAACUACAGCCCGAACCACCGAUACCAAAUAAUCCCGAGUCUCAGACCAUAUACCGGGAGCAUCGGCACAUGGCCAAGGAGUACCUGAGCGUCGACACCAAUCUGUACUAUGCGCAGGACUUUAAGGAGAAGCUCAUCGUACAGAUGGAUCGAGCCGAGCGGGAGCAGAAGCAGGAGCUGCUGCGCAAAAUUAAUCAUAAGGAGGACCUGCAAAGUCUCUUCAAUAACCUGCAACAGCAGUGGCAGAAGCUGCCCGCCGCCCAGCAACUCCAGCACGGCCAUCAUCCGCAUCCGCACCCCCACCAACCGGGACAUCCACUUCCGGCCCCUAACCCACAUGCUCCCCAUCAGCUUCAGCAUCCGCAUCCGCAUCCCCACCAGCCACAGCCGACGCACUUGCAUCUACAUCCUCAUCCGCAUUCGCAUCCGCAUCAGCAUCAGCAACCACACCAGCUGGAGGAGAGCGUCGGUGGAGCGGUGUUAGGGGGCACAACCGAUUCGGUGGAGAACGAUGGAUGGGUGGUGAUCCAGCCCCACUCCAAUGCGUAGUGGUUGGCGUUAUCUUGGCUGGAUUUUAGGCUGUAGGAUCUUGAAAACUUUAAUCUGUAGUCCGUAUAUCCUAAAAUGUAAUCCUCUGUAAUCCGUAAUGUGUUAUCCAUAAAUUUAUAAUUCUAUCUUUAGACAUAUAUUAUAAACAGCACUCUCUACGUUUUUUUUUUCUUUAAUUUUAAAUUUUUCUUCAGCGAUUAUUCGUUUUAAGCAAAAAAAAAAAAAGCAAACAAAAAACAUUAAAUUUUUCGCUCUUUUUGUGUAUUUAAGUUUAAAAGUUUUCGUCCGAGUGUUUCUUCUGUUUUAUCACAAAUAAGUUAACUUUAAAGAUAACUACAAUUUAGGCUUUAGAAACUGUACUAUAUGUAUUAAUUAAAAAUCGCAUAUAAUCUAUAUAUUAUCUGUCCGAGGAAGCUGACAAGGAGUAGACCAAAAAAAUAUAAAAACCAUCGAAAGCAA